AUGGAGGUCGCUGCUGGUACAGGGCCAUCGUGUGUAAUGCUAGCUGAACCAGAUUAUAUUACGACAACGGAUGGCAUCGCCAACCGUUCUCUAUUUUAUAAUGUCUCUGGGAGCGUACAAAUGUCUUCCAACUCUAAUGUGCAACGAGUAUCAGCUGAGAAUGCCAGCCUUGAUGAUGGUGUAGCGCCCAACCAACAACCGCCGCCUGAUCUCAGCUCCAACGCGUUCCGAACGUUGGUCUUAAAACAACUGACUAGGAUCCAGGAACAAAACGAUGCCCUAGAGGCUCGUAUUCGGCAGUUAGAUCAGGACCAACAGGAUUUCUAUGUUGAUACUUGUGAGAAGCUGGACAGAGGGUUCCGGAGGGUAGAUAAGGGAUUCGAAGAGUUGGGCUCAAUGAAGGAAGUGUUCAAAGAGAUUGUGGGAAUUAUGAGCGGCGAACGAGUGCGUUUCAUCGACCAUUCCAACGAAAACAUCACAGCGGAUGAGGCUGAGGGGGUGGGAGAAUCUUUACUGCUGGCGUCAAAUUUCAAUCCUGCGGAACGAGUGCAGCAGGCUGCAAUGAGGUCAGGCAGACGAACACGGGAGCCUAGCGUCAAACAAGAAGUUAGUGAACCUUGGCAAAGUCUAAACUAUCCAAAUUUUGGAGCCCCUUCGGGCUCGGGCAACCCAGGAGCCGGUGAUGAAGAUGAGCAGUUAAAUGAUAGGGCGGUCAAUUACCGGCUCAAUAGACUCCUCAAAACUGUCACCGACGUGGCAAGAGAGUACUUCGAGGGUCUUCCUGGGCAGCCCUCUGUGGCUGCUCUCGAAAGGCGCUUUGGACCCAGUUGGCGUUGCCAGGCGUCAGAAAGAUCCUUUUUCGCGAAGCGAAUGCAAAUCAUCAACCGCAUCAUCGACGUAAAAGACCAUCCUGAGAAAUAUAACUUGCCUGGCGACAUAACGAGAAGAAAAGCUGUCCGUGUGGUGGAAAACCUGCGAUUGGGAAACAAUUCGUUUCACGGGCGAGCUACGCGAAUGACAUUAAACCAGUUGUACAUAUAUCUAGCCAAGAAGAUGGACAAACCCGAAGACUACCACUUACAUCUGCGAGAAUUUGCACGGCCCAGAAGAGACUUACUGAUUGCCCAACGGAAUGCGCUAGUCAACACCAUGCCGCUCGUGAGGGAUUCCCAAAGUCCGCAGGGUUCCCUUGAAGAAGGAAUUGACGGCACGGGCGGGGCAGGAGGAGAAUCCGAGCACGCGAGGCAAGAAGACUCAGAUUCUAAUUCCAGCGUGGGGGCCGCAGGACCAUGA